CUGUGGAGGAAAAAAAAAGAAAGAAAAAAGAGCAGCGUCUGUGACUGUGCCGCUGGAGCAAGCCAGGUUUAACAUUAGCCAACGCACAUCCAAAGCACAUGGCAUGAGCCGGCUUUGAGACUGCACAGCCACCCGAGGGGGGGAAACACACACACACACUCACUUACGACUGCGAGAGAAAUCCGAUGAGAGGAACGGCUCAGAGAGAGUGAGUUGCCGUAGAUUGUCCGAAGGGGCAGCGUUUCUCCUAGUUCCGGUUUGUCUGUCUGUGCGCGCUGCGCGAGUUGGGACCCUAAACAAAAGGCUGCCAUCAUCCUAAAGGAAAGAUAUUCAGCUGCGCGAGAGAGCCCGUCUGCUUGAUGCUAACCAAACAUGAGCUCCUAUUUUGUUAACCCUCUUUUUUCUAAGUACAAAGGCAGCGAGUCACUGGAGCCAACUUACUACGACUGCAGGUUUCCACAAAGCGUCGCCCGCAGCCACACGCUGGUUUACGGACCCGGAGCAGCCGCGCCGGGCUUCCAGCACCCGUCCCAUCACGUACAGGACUUUUUCCACCACGGGACCACGGGGAUCUCCAACCCGGGAUACCAGCAGAAUCCCUGCGCCCUGGCUUGCCACGGAGACGCGACGAAAUUUUAUGGAUAUGAAGCGCUUCCGAGGCAAACGCUUUAUGGUGCCCAGCAAGACGCGAGCCUAGCGCAAUACCCAGACUGUAAAUCGUCGAGCAGCUCUAACCCCGGAGAAGGACAAGGCCACUUAAAUCAAAACUCCUCUCCCAGUCUAAUGUUUCCUUGGAUGAGACCCCACGCCCCAGGCAGAAGGAACGGGAGGCAAACCUACAGUCGCUACCAAACUCUUGAACUGGAGAAGGAGUUUCUCUUCAACCCUUACCUGACCCGCAAGCGAAGGAUCGAGGUGUCCCACGCCCUGAGCCUCACUGAGCGGCAGGUGAAGAUCUGGUUUCAGAACAGGAGGAUGAAGUGGAAAAAAGAGAACAACAAAGACAAGUUUCCGGGUCAGAGAGGAGAGGCUGAAGCCGAGGCCGAGGAAGAGGGCAACGAGGACGGUGAAGGGGAAGAGGCAGAGGAGAAAGAAGCGGAAGAGAAAGAAGAAAGCAAGGAGUGAUUUUAUGGUCCUUUUUAUGGUUAUAUGGCUGGAAAAAAAGAGAGAGGAAAAAAAAAGAAAGGUCCCAUAAACAGACGAGGAGUCCCAAGGAGGCUGCGAGCGCGUCAUUUUUAUGACCACCCUUCCAUUUUGUCAAGAGGGAACAGGAAUUCCACCAACAUUGCUGUCAUAAAUAGACAAAAUUCUCCUUUCCCUCUAUUGUCCUAUACUGAAACACAUUUGGAGAAACUACACACACUUGUAGCUAAAUUUAUCCAUCAGAACUCUCACCCUUGCACAAAAAAGGGAGAAUUAAAAACGCAUGUUAGAUGGAAAAAAAUGGCCAUUUUUUCCGCCCCUAAAUUUGUUUUCUGUGUUAGAAACGUAACCCAGUAAGAUCAAAUACCGACCUGUGUUGUACAUAGAUUUAAACCUACAUUUAAAGAAAAAUAAAAUAAAAAUACAAAACAUUUCAGCCAGCAGCUUCUCCGAAAACAAAAUGUAGGCCUGUAACUUUAGUAGUGAGUGUUCAAACAUCAUCGCAGCAAUUACACAUGGCUUUAAGAGCCAAGAAUAAAACACACAUUUCAAUAUUUUUGUUUUUCUUUAUUAGAAUCGUUACGGUUUUAUUCAGUUCCUGUGUUAUGGCCCAGACAUAAAAAAAAUAACCAUUAGCUCCUCAGACAUCUUUGUUCUUCUUAGGAUUACCAGGGAAAUGCAACUUUUUGAAAUCCUUUGAUGCUACCUAAACCUGGGGAAAUUGCAAUAGAGAUUUCUUAAAUGUAGAGAUUUCAUAAGGUUUUAUUUUUCAUUUUUAAAGUGUUCUCUUUCAACACUAUAUGUUGUUAAGUUAAUGUGUAUAGCAUUUACCCAAUAUACAGAAAAAAAAAACACUUGUUGAAGACAAUUUGAGUCUUGGGAAGACAAUUAAGCCAAGCUAAUACUAUUUUAUAUUAUUGUUAUUAUUAUUAAUAUUAUUAUUUUAUUAAUAUUUUUUCUUCGAGAUUGUGUACCACAGCACUACCUAUUAAACUCAGAGCUUUGUCCUCGCGUCGUUUCAAUUCCACAUGUGUUGGCAUCGCUCUGAUUCGAUUACAAGCUAUACUUCUCCCCCACCCUCUACCCCCCACCCCCCAACAACUAAAACUGCCUAUAUUUGACGCACAUUGAACUGCGUGUGAUGAUACCUGCAGCAAAUACAACAAUUUUAAAAUUAAGGGAACUUCUUUUGUUUUUGUUGUUUUUCAUUUUUCAUGUGCUGGUGACAUAGCGUAGUUGUUUUUGCACUGAAUAUAAUCUUUAUGUACGUCUUGUUAUAUAUUGAUGUUAUAACAAUUAUGCUCGUUUUCUUGUUGUUUCUCCUGUUACAAAAAAUGAAAAAAAA